GAGGAAAGUUGUUGCAGUCGUGUGUCAAGGGCAAAGAUGCUUCGUUCACAUUUUUCCUUAUUUUUCGUUUGUUUUGCUGUCCUCCUUGUGACAUCUUUGGCUGACGAAGAUGAAGUAGACACAGCUGCCAACACUGUUACAAUUCGUGGAAAUGAUACGUCAGUAAGAAUAGAAGGCAACACAGGAACAAUAAGGGCAGUUCAUCAUGAGAAGGACGAGGAAGGCGAGGAUGACGAUGACGACGACGAGGACGAAGAAAGGGAGGAUUUCAGUGACGACAAUGGAGGUGUUAUGACAUUUCAAGUUGACUCACUGCAAGAAAUAGACUCGGCUGGGAACCCGGUCGGUCUUUCAGGGCCAUCAAAUAAAAAACAUGGAGUGAACUCCUUGGCAUCUCAGAUUGAAAGGUACACCUUCUCGCCGUUGGACAACUCGUCAACGUAUCAAGGAAUCCCUGUGAAAAGUGUCAACCUGUCUGUGUACCUCACUGGUCCCCAAGCCAGCCUUGAUCUGCAAGUGAUGCUGUUUUUGGAGGGAGGAAUCGUCGGUUUUGGAAACGAGACAUUUUCAGUGCGAAGAGGAACCUUCAAAUUCAACAUCAAGGUUCGUUUGAUGUUUAAUAUGGUUAUGAUGACGCAUAUUUCCCAGAGCGUCUGUGUGAUUUCAGAUCGAUAUCGCAAUAUUACAUUUAAGUUGGUUUCGGAGCAUAGACCACUUCUAGCUUUCUCUUAUGCUCAACUGAGCCGCAGACUUAAGAGGAAUGAAGUUACUGUGGUCUGCUUAGGUAUAGUGACAAGUUAG